AUACUCAAUUAGCUCCUCAAUAACCCACUACAAAAAUGCCUAUGAAAUACAAACCAGCUGUCGAAGGAAAGGCCGUUAAGCCUCCUCAAAUUCCUUCUCCAGGCAACAAUUCGUUCUUGGGAGACAUCUUCACUUCUACCAACGAAAAAGACAAGCAAAUUAGUUGUGGUUUUUACAAGCAAGAAGCAGGUGAGCCUUUGGUUUACACCUACGACUAUGAGGAAAUGAAGGUGUUUUUGGAGGUCGAAGGUGAGUAUACCAUCACUGAUGAAACCGGAUACAAGGUGACUGUGUCUCCAGGAGACGUGUUUUACUUCACCAACGGAGCCACUAUCACUUUCGAGACUACUGGUUACGGUUUGGCUUUCUUUACUGGUUUAAGACCAGCUAUGUGAAUGCUGUUGUAUAGAAAAUAAACAUCUGAAAGUGAUGAUGAGUAGAAUGAGUGUGGGGAACUGACUGAACUCAAAAACAUACUAAUGUACAUACUGUGUUUAUCCUACGGUAUACAUCUAUGUGAU